CAGUGCUUCAUCAUCGAACCUCGUGAAAAUGGCAGACUCAAAAUUAUACGACAUUUUAGGCGUCAGUAGAUCUGCCCAAGACAAUGAAAUCAAAAAGGCAUAUUAUAAGCUUGCAAAAGAAUAUCAUCCAGACAAAAACCCAGAAGCAGGAGAAAAGUUUAAAGAAAUAAGUUUUGCAUAUGAGGUUCUAUCAAAUGCAGAGAAAAGAGAGACAUAUGACAGAUAUGGUUUACAAGGACUUAAAGAAGGUGCUGGGUCUUCAGGUGGAUUCCCAGAUAUAUUUGGAGAUCUUUUUGGUGGAAUAUUUGGUGGUGGAAGCCCAUUUGGGGGUGGAUUUGGAGGAAUGGGUGGACCAAGGAGAGGUAGAAGAAAAGGAGAAGACACUUAUCACCCAUUAAAGGUUACAUUAGAAGACUUGUAUAAUGGAAAGACUUCUAAAUUACAACUAAGCAAAACUACAAUAUGUACAAAAUGUAACGGGGUUGGUGGUAAACAGGGAGCUAUGCACAGAUGCAAGACCUGUAAUGGCAGAGGUGUGAAAGUAACAUUGAGACAGCUUGGUCCUGGUAUGGUACAACAAAUGCAGUCUAUAUGUCCAGACUGUCGUGGAGAAGGAGAGACUAUUAGUGAAAAAGAUAAAUGUAAAGAAUGUAAAGGAAAGAAAGUUACACAACAGACCAAGGUGUUAGAAGUUCAUGUAGAUAAAGGCAUGAAAGAUAACCAGAAAAUACCAUUCCGUGGAGAAGGAGACCAGCUGCCUGAUAUUGAACCAGGAGAUGUGAUUAUUGUUCUACAAACACAAGAUCAUGAAGUUUUUACACGAGAGGGUGAAGAUCUGCUUUGUUCUUACACAUUAAGUUUAACCGAAGCUUUAUGUGGGUUCCAGUUUACAUUGAAACAGUUAGAUGGUAGAGAUUUACUUAUAAAAAAUCCUCCUGGACAAGUUAUACACCCAGGAUCUGUUAAAGUUGUGAAAGGUGAAGGCAUGUCUGUAUAUAGAAAUCCAUUUGAAAAGGGAGAUUUAAUUGUUAAAUUUGAUAUCACUUUCCCACCCAAAAACUUUGCUGACCCAGAACAGUUAAAAAAACUAGAAAGUUUGUUACCUAGCAGACCAGAAAGAGAGAUUCCCACAGGUGAAGAUGUAGAAGAAGUGGACUUAGUAGAAUUUGAUGAAAGUCGUGGAGGUCGUAGGAGAAAUAGAGACGCUUACCAUGAGGAUGAUGAAGAUGAAGAAGGACAUGGACCUAGGGUGCAAUGUGCACAUCAAUAACGAUACUUUAGCGUUAGGUUGAAAUUAGGAUGGAGUGUGAAAGAGAAGGAACGUAUGUGGGUGUGCUUAUAGAUUCUGACGAACAACUUUUUUUACAAGUGAAAUUACAGCAAGAAAAUUUCUUUAUCACAGAUAUUUAAUGUGAUGUCUAGGUUAUAUUAUGAUUUUAUUUUUCGUUUAGUUAGGAUCAGCAAUAUCUACAUUGUGUAAGAACAGAUGUUUUAGCCAACACAUUCUCUUAAUGACUUGCACAUUUUAUAUUUUUUAUGAAAAAGUAUUUAAUUGUUCUAAAAUCAAGUCAACAGAAUAUUUUUAUAGCUGUUAUAUGUCGUCUGUAUAAAAUAUUCUUCAUUUUUACUUUUUAUUGAAAUAAAAAAAAAUUGGAUUCUGGAUUUUAUAUAUUCUACCAGAAUGAAAAAUCAAACUGAAUUUUGUUAUAUAAGUUUAACUGAAGAAUAACUUAAUACCAAAAAAACAAAUGUACAAGUUGACAAAUAGAUAAUAGUGUUUAUUGAAGCAACCUUAUAAAAAGACUCUCUAAAUAUAGUUUUUAUUAUUAUAUUACCUUUGCAGAUAUAAACACAAGCCAAUAUACAGCUGGUAUCUAUAAGGUGUAUAAUAUGACAGAUACUUGUAAAUUAAUUUUAUUUAUUAUAGUUAGCUCAUGGUUAUGUUAACAGCUUUCCUCAUUUUAUUCUUCAUAUAACACAUUGAUUUAGGUAGGGAGCAUUGCUUUCAUAAGCAUGUUUCUAGCUUAAAACUAUAAAAUGUUGAAACAAAUAAUCAUAUUUAUAAACUGAACAAUAAAGUGGUUUCUGUGUUUUUUUAUUGUCCAAUGUUUUCCUUGUCAAAAUAAAUUGGAAGUAUCCUUCUGAAAAUACAGGCUGUUCAAUGAAUACUUGUAAAGUACCUGUGAUAAUAAACAUUGUAAACUUUAAAAAGUGUUCAUUGAACAAGUAAUUAUCAACAGAAGUAGAGCAAUUGUCAAAUUAAUGAGUUAUUGGUCUCAUUUUUGGAAUCAUUAUCUGAAAACUAUAUAUAUGUAAAAGAUAUCUUUUUUCUUAAUCCUUGUAAAUAAAAAAGGAGUCUUCAUGUUUUGUGUUGUAUGUGACAGUAAGUUGGAUUAAGGUUAAAAAGAAUUGCCUUCUGGAAAAUCAUACAUGAUGCCUUACUUUGACAGAUGAUUCCAGGCAUUAAAUGUCAGAUUUGUUUUGAAAAGACUGAAUUUAGUAUUCAUAUUUUAAGUCCGAUGCAUCCAAAAUCUAGAUGUCUCAUUGACAUUAACUAUACAUAUUCUUCAUAUGAAAAGCCUUAUAUAGAAAACACUGAAGAUUUUUUUAAAGGAAUGAAGGAAAAAAGAGAGAAAUGCCAAUUUUUAUUCAAAAAUAAAGUGCUGUAAGCAUAUUUCUGUUUUCCUCUGAGGGCUGUUCCAUUAAAACAUACAUGGGACCAAGGGAAGGCACUUCCAAAUCUCAACUAUGGGUGGUAUGUUUUUGCAUAGUGGAAAUGUAAGUGAAAUUUUAAAUUGCCUCUAUAGGUGGUUACCCCAUUUUUAAAGUGCCUUCACUGGGUACCAUGUAUGCUUUAAUGGAACAACCCUGAUGUAAAUAUUAAGUGUAAAGAUAUUUAAAGGAGUUUUAGUAUUUCACCAUUUAUCAUUCAGAAAAGCAUACUGUUUAUCAUUAGUCAAUAAUGAAUCUGUAUGUUUCAAACAUUGCUGUUGAGUUACGCUAACUUUAUUAUUGCAGGGCUUUCAAACAUAGGUGGAGCUUUUCCUACUCAUACUCUACUAAAAGUACAACAAAAAAUUUUUUAUAAGCAGACAAGCAGUCUUCUUUUUUUCACUGCCUGAAGCUUCUGUUACAAAAUCUAUUGGAGGCCCGAUUAUUUACAUAUCAUUCAGUUGGAUAUUUCUCUUUAAAUCAUAGCAAAUAGUACAAGAUCUGAACAAAUGUGAUGCAUUUCAAAAUACCUUAGAUUGGUGAUUCUCCAUGUGGAAUAAUGGAUAUAAAAUCUAAGUUUGAGAGGCACACUUUUCAAUCGGUUUCAUAUCAGUGGAGUUAACAAAAUGUGUCUGCCUAGGAAUAUUUCAGUAAAAAGUCGAAUUCAUAUUUUAAAACUGUUCCUUGUAUUAUUAUUUUUUAGGGUUUCCCACACUUUUUUUGGAAGCUUAAUUCACCUAAAUGUGAUUUUUUGGGGUAAAACUAGAUCUCCUGUGUGUAAACCUCAUAAAAUUUCAACAUGGCUUCCAAAAAAAGUGUUGGAAAGCAAUGGAAACCCUAUAAAAAAAAUCAACCAAACAAAAAACAGUUUUAAAAUAUGAAUUCUGACUUUUUACUGAAGUAUUCCUAGGCAGACACAUUUUGUUAACUCCACUGAUAUGAAACCGAUUGAAAUUAAUUCACAUAAACGUGAUUUUUUGGGGUAAAACUAGAUCUCCUGUGUGUAAACCUCAUAAAAUUUGAACAUGGCUUCCAAAAAAAGUUUAGGUGAAUUAAAAAUUAAUUGAAAUUGUACAUUAUAAGUUUUACUUCCAGAUUCUUCGGUACUUAUUUUAUUGUGUUUGAUUUGUUACUUGUAUGCUAUAGAUUCGUUGGCACUUAUUUUGUUUUGUCCAGUUUGUAACAUGUAUCCAUCAGAACUUGUAGUUGAUAUUUUUGUGUAAUAUUCUUAGUUUUAUUUUAUGAAGCAUUUAAAGAGAUCACGAUUAUUUGUCAUCAAUUUCAAAAGGCUUUUUCUUUCUGUGUACAGAAUUGUUUGAUGUUUAAAAAUAUGGCAGAAGUGUAUUUGAUUCCAUUAUGACAUAAAGUUAACUCGCAGUCAAGUGUUACAAGUUUGUAAGAUUCAAAGUUGUGCUUACUGUCCAAGAACCCAAUCUAAGGUAGAAAGAAGGACUAAUUUCCUCUGUAUUUUUUGUCACAGGGUCAACAUGUAAAAACUUGUCAAGUUCUACUUGAAAUUGAAUAUAUGAGAGUUUAUAUCAUAUACUUAAAGUAGUGUUUCACAAUUUUUCAUAUUUCCAUAAAAAAUAAAAUUCAGUAUUACUACAUGUUGCUGAUAAGACAGAAUUGCAAGUUUCACAUACUUUUGUCAAAUUUCGCAUUAAAGGAUCACCUACCAAAAUGAAGAUAUUUGUUAACGAAAGACUUUUCAGCUUUUCUUCCAAAAGAAUUUUGGUUUUGGUUAAUGAUUUCCUUCUACAUUUUUGGCUUAAGUACUCAAAAUUUGCCAAAAUCUCUCAAAAUUGCAGUUUUGGCCAUUCUUCAAGCAUUUAUAGUUUAAUGACCUGUUUAAAAAUAAGUCAAAAUAUUGUAAAAACCUACACAAAAGUACACAUUUUUGACUGUGAUAUUUUGAAUUUAUGUAAAGGUUGAAAUUCUUUUUUGAAAAUGGCCCUAGAAAGAAAAAAAUUCAGGGGAAAUUGGCCCUACUCUUCAUACUUAGUUCAGUAAAUGAUUCAUCAAUGUUAUUCAGCUACCUUUCUUUCAUAUCAUUCAUUAGUGUUUAUGUUUUAUCUACAGAAAAAGGCAGUACAUUUUAUAAGUUUAUCUAAAGAUACUUAUUAUUAAGGGACAAAUUUAAACAUUUAAUACAUAAGUUGCAUUAGCAUUUUACAGUCAUAUACUAUGUACAUGAAUACUGUAGACCUAAAACCUUUUAUGACCUCAAACAUUUAAAUAAUAUUGUGUAUGUUUAUUUGCAGUAUGUUUAUUUUUACAUAUUUAAUGUAUUAAAAUUGUGAGUGAGCACAAAUAUAAACAUGUCGGUCACUGUCACUUCCCAGAACAAACAUUUUUUUGGAUGGAAAGAAUUCUCCACAGACAUAAUUUCCCAAAUAAAUUCACUAAAGGGAUUUGAUAGAAUUGGAAUAAUGUCCACCAUUUUGAAAUUAGUGUGAAAUGGUGUAACAUCAGAAAUGCCUUGUAUUUGAAUGUUUUAUAUUAUAAAGGUAAAAAAUCAUCAUCUUUUUAUCUAAAGUUUAAAAUGAGCUUGUAUAGUCCUAAAGCAUAGCCAUAAGUAUAAUGUGUUAUCCUUUUUGGUUGUCAACCUAUAAUAAUAACCACAAAAACACCAUUUGAAAUCUAUGAUGAGUUUGUUUAUUUAAAACAAAUAUUUACCGAUAGAUUCACCAACUUCAUUGUAAAUUUAGCAUGUUAUUUUUAAUUGAAAUACUUGAUGUGAUAAUUUUACAAAUAAAGUAAGAUAACUUGCUAUUUUUCAUCUCAAGUUAUUUGAUUUUGUGAA